AGAGUAAACCACUACCCCUUCGGUGUUCGCUACCGCUCCUCCCUUCCACACCCGCUUCUCCACUUCGGAAUCAACCUCGACUGUCACCAGAGCAGAUCCAAUCCUCGUCAAGCUGCUGUUUAGGGAUAAUAAUCAAAAUCAAGGGACUGAGAUUUUUGAGGAAGGGAAGUACAUGAAAACAAUAGAGAGAGUGCUGGAAAUUGAAUGCUUGUUCUGGGUUUGUGUUUUGGCUUUUGAUUUCUGAGUUUGUGUUGACAUGUUUAUCAUAUUCUGGGUUGAUAUUUUUCAGUUUGAUGUUGUUGAACCGUUGGAUUUUGUGUUUUUGAAUAUAGGUGAUGUUUUUCAAUUUUUAUUUUUUUUAAUUAGAGAAAUUAUUAUUUUAAUUCUUUUACCAAAAGCUGGGCUUAUUUAAAUUUAAUUAAAAAAUUUCUAGUUGACUGGGACAAAAACUUAAAAAUAAUUUUCAAAAUAUCAUUAAAUUGAAACUCAUGGAUUAAGAUAAAUCAUAUUAUAUUUUGUUAGCCUUAAGGAACAAUUAUUCAUCUUAAAAAAAAUUGGAGAUUGGAAAUUUCAAUGCCAAACAGGGAAAGGAAAAAUAUGCCAAUUGAAUUUGACUGCGAAUGGGAAUGCCUGGAAAACUUGAGAAUGGAAUUUUUCUUGCGCAGAUAAAAGUCAUAUUUAGACUCUGAAUGGAGAGUUGACUGUAGAUGUUCAUGCAUGCCGCCUGCUUAAAGAAGUUUUCGUUUGUCUUUCGCACAUCAAACAAGAAGGUGCAAAGAAAAAUCUCGAUUUAUGAUCUCAAUUAGCUUUCACUUGAACUCAAAAGCUUUCAAGAAAAACACCAAGAAAGAGCAAGAAUGGCAAGGCCUCUGAUCAAUUUCACUUUUGUACUACUGCUAACUAUUCGGUUGGCAAUAGCAACGGCGCCGAUGGCGAAGCCUAACUGCGCAGACCGUUGCGGAAAUAUUAGCAUUCCAUACCCUUUUGGAAUGGGUAAGGAUUGUUAUAUGGAUGAAUGGUUUGAGGUUGAGUGUAACACCACCAGCUAUCCUCCUACAGCAAUUUUAAGUCGCAUCCAGACGGAGUUGCUCGGUAUUGAUUUUCAAGGCGGCACAGCUAGAGUCAGGAGUCCAAUAAUAACCUCCAAUUGCCACAGCAGAGAUGAGGGUUUGCCUGUGAAUUCGAUAGGAAGUUUUUUGCCUGCGAAUUUGACAGUAAGUUCUUUGCCUGUGAAUUUGACAGGAAGUUAUUUCUUCUUGUCUGAUGCGAACUUAAUGAUUGCAAUAGGUUGCAAUACCCGUGCUUUAUUGACCCCUAAUACGCCUCAUCUCGUUGGGUGCGACUCAACCUGCCAUGCCCAGAAUGAUGUUGAUUGGCAAGAAAUGAUUCCUAAAUUCAUGACUACAUAUUCUGAUGUCCAUUGGAUCCAGAAGUAUUGUAGUGGUUACAAUUGCUGUCAGGCCACAAUACCUUCAUUCCUUCAGUUUUUCAACGCAAGUUUACAAGCUAUAGAUGGUAAUCAAAGCAAUGAUAGUUGCAAGUUGACCUUUCUAGCCGACGGAUCAGCAUGGGUUUCCAAGGAAGAAAAGCAUUCCCCUCUUCAGGCUGGGAUGCAGCUAACUUGGAGAAUCAAUUCCAAAAUAUGGAAAUAUGAUGACUUUGAAACCGCAAAUUGCAAUAAAAGCUACAUUUCUUUCUAUGAGACAGGAUUCCUAUGUUCCUGCAAGAAUGGCUAUGAGGGCAAUCCUUACCUUGGAUGCACAGAUAUUGAUGAAUGCAAUGACCCAACUUAUAGUUCGUGCCAAUGGACUACAAAAUGUGUGAAUACUCCAGGAUCAUAUAAAUGUGUGGUCAAUAUGACUUCGACUAUCAUUUUUGGUGUUUUUGGUGGAGUUCUAGUAUUGCUUGUGGUUGCACUUGGCACACGGUGGUUACACAAGUCUAUAAAGAAAAGAAAAAACAUUAGGCAGAGGGAAAAGUUCUUCAAGAGAAUGUUACAGCAACAAACAUGUUCAGGUCAAGGCAAUGUUGAUAACGCCAAAAUAUUCAGUUUAAAAGAGUUGGAAAAGGCUACUGAUCACUUUAAUGUGAAUAGAAUUUUAGGUCAAGGUGGCCAAGGUAUUGUUUAUAAAGGAAUGUUGGUGGAUGGAAGAAUUGUUGCAGUUAAAAAAUCCAGGAUAGCAAAUGAAGCUGAACUUGAACAAUUCAUUAAUGAGGUUGUCAUUUUAUCACAAAUUAAUCACAGGAACGUGGUAAAACUACUUGGAUGUUGCUUGGAGACAGAGGUUCCACUGCUUGUCUAUGAAUUCAUCUCCAACGGAACCCUUCAUAGGUAUCUUAAUGACCCAAAUGAGGAAUUUCAAUUAUCUUGGGAAAUGCGUUUACAAAUUGCCAUAGAAAUUUCAGGAGCUCUUUCUUAUUUGCAUUCUGCAGCUGCUGUGCCAAUUUUUCAUCGGGACAUUAAGUCCAAAAACAUACUCUUAGAUGAAAAGUACGGGGCAAAAGUAUCAGAUUUUGGAAUUUCAAGAUCCAUUGCCCUUGGCCAGACUCACCUUACCACCAAUGUACAGGGCACCUUUGGAUACUUGGAUCCGCAAUAUUUUCAGACAAGCAAAUUUACAGAGAAAAGUGAUGUUUAUAGCUUUGGAGUAGUGCUUGUUGAGCUUCUGACCGGCCAAGAACCAAUUUAUUCUGCGAUGUCUCAAGAAAUCGUUGGUUUAGCCUCACAUUUUAUUCAUAUGAUGGAAAAUGAUAAACUCUUGGAGAUGCUUGACCCUCGAAUCAUGGAGCAUUGCGUGAAAGAAGAAGUCAUGGUUGUUGCUAACCUUGCAAAAAGAUGCUUGAAUUUUCAGGGAAAGAAACGACCUACAAUGAAACAGGUGACAAUGGAGUUGGAGGCGAUCUGGUUUUGUCAACAAGAUUUGGAUGCUGCCCAAAUACAUUGGGAAGAAACUAAAUUUGCUGAAGCUGCUUCUUCAACAUGGUCAAGUUUUGGUACCAUUGGUAAUUCAUCAAUUGACACUCAACCAUCAGUUUCUAAUAGUUGGUAAUUAUAUAAGAACGUCCCACAAGAAUUCGUUUCCAACUUUUGUAGCCAUAGGUUUUUGUGUUAAUAGUUAUUUGAAACCUCCAAAGAAAAAGGUAAAAUUUUUUCCUCACUUCAUUUGUUUAAUUAUUUAUAUAUUUGUUUGUUAUUUUAUGAAUCAGUUUGGUCUGCAAUA